AUGGAGGAAUUUUUCGAGUUUUAUACGAUUUCAGAUACAAAAGAUAAAAAGCCGAGGAAGUUUCGAUAUAGUUCUCUUUUUACAGGACGAGAACUGUUUUAUAUCGCAUGUUAUAACCUAAAAUUACCUCAGAAAAACAAAAGAAAACUAUACUAUUUCACAGAUAGUUUGAAACAACACGAGAUACUUCUCGACGAACCUUUAAACAAUCAAGAAAUUCGUAAAACUAAUUCGAUUUUUCUUCUGGAAGGAAAACCGCAAAAACUAAAUGAAUGCCCAGCAUACAAUGCAACAAGGAUUGAUUCUUUGCCACCUGCUUCACUUGAUUAUGCUUCCAAUGAAAUCUCAUCUAACAUUCAAAUCGCUAUCGACGAUAAAUAUGUUGAUUUUAAUAUUACAGAUUCAAAUGAAAGUAUUACAGUCUAUGAGGGCUUAACACCAAUGAAAACUUAUUUUCAAUAUGAUGAAAAUAAUUUGGAUCCUUGCCAAUAUUAUCUCAGCAUGACAUUCGCAAUGACAUUAGAAACAGCAAUCAAGCAUCUCGGAAUAAAUCCGAAUAUCGAAUACAGAAUUUUUAUCAAAUAUCCAGACGAAGAUCCAAAAUGUUUCAAAGAAAUUCAUCUGCUAGAGUUUUAUGAGGUUACGGAGAAAUGUACGAUUCACAUAUUCCCGAAAAAUUUACCAAUUACUAUCAGAUCCAUGUUUUCGAAAGAUUAUAGGCAAGAAAUAGAUUCGGCAGCUACUGUCGGCGAAAUUGUAGAAAAGAUUGCGCAGAAAUUAAAGAUCAACGUCUUUCACGAUUACACACUUCAAAUAACAGAUGAUCACGGUAACAAAGUAGCACUAAAUCUCAGGAAAACAAUACCAGCACAAACAAACAAUUUCAAUAUUUUCGUAUUUUACAGAAGAUUCUUCAUUUUUUCGCGAGAAGAUAUUGAUAAUCUUGAAAACGCGAUCUUUGCAAUCAAUGAAGUCCGAAAUUAUUUACAUACAAUGACAAUAUAUCCAUCUAUUGAUCAAAUUAUCAAUUUAUGCUAUUAUUCAAUUGAAGCAUUAAAUGGACCACUAGAACCAGCCUAUUUCCCACUUAAUCUUAACUAUCUUCUUCAAAAUGUCAAAGUUCCAGAAGAUAUCCACAAUUUGAUUGCCAAAAAGUACGCGAAUGCCAAACAUCCUGACAAAUUGAAUUCCGCGCGGUUAUUUCUGAGAGAAAUGCGGUUAGUUCCUGGAUUUGGCGCCUCAUUUUUCAGGGCAAUUUAUACAGAUCAAGAUGGCACACUUCAUCCUAGCAAAUGCAAUGUCAUUGUCAGUCCAAUCACUUUGUUAAUUGCUACAAAACAUUUAACGAAAACAACAAAACAAGAUGAUUGUUAUUCAUUGAUGUUGACAUACAGCCAAUUUAGAAUAACAAAUGUACACAGGAAAGAAGUAACUUUGGAAUGUCAAGAAUCAUAUGAAGUCCCACAAUACGAAAUAACUCUGAAGAUAUUGGAUAACAAGAUUGAUGAAUUUUUCGAAAUUGUUUCUGAAAACGCGAGAAUUAUCAAAAACAUUUUCGCAGAGAGACAAAGAAAGAGAGCUGCAGGAGAACUGAUUUCGUUCUCUGCUUCAUACGAUAGAGUUGAAUUGUACACUGUUUUAGAUGUAAAUGAUCCAAAUCCACAGAUCUUUAUCUACGACAGAUCAAUGACAGGUCAACAAUUAUGUGAAGCAGCCAUAAAGAACUUGAAACUCGACGUAAAACCAGAAAAUUACAGAGUUUUACUUUACAGAUCGAAAGAUUCAAAUGAAUGGUUUGAACCUGGCCAAUUAAUUGCUUCUUCUGAUCUAAAGAGUAGAAUGAAAAUCAUAGUAAGUCCGCUCUUCAUAUACGCUACAAUCCAUUUCUCAAAUAACCGCACUAAAACCAUUAAAAUGGAUUUAACACAAACAACAGGACAAAUUGUUGAAUUCAUUUUGUCAAAAAUUUAUCAUCCGAUUUACAACGGUUUCGGUUUGUACACUUUUAAAGACGAUAAAAUUGACAAACCGUUAUUUAAUAAGUUCUUUAUUCCUGCACAAGUUUACAAUGUCACUCAUUAUUUCUUUAUGAGAAGAGCAUUUGUUUUAUCUAAAGAAGACUUUAUUACUCGUGUCACAAGAGUUCAAACAUUAAGUGAUGCGAUGUAUUACUUGAAUACUCAGCCAACAUCAGUGACAAUGGAUCAAAUGUAUGAAUUGAUGAUUUUGUAUAACAUUGUCAUCGAUCCGAAACAAAACAGAUCAAUCAAUGACCAGUUAUUCAAGCUGAAACUUCCUUACGGAGUUCCUUUUUCUGAAGAAUUGAAACAAGAAUUUUUACAAAAAGUGGCAAGUUAUGAAAAAUUUGAUCCAAUUAAUGCUGCGAAAAGAUUCAUGAAGAUCACAAGGAAUAUCCAAGAUUUCGGUAUUAUUAAGUUUGUUUGUCAAUUCGAUACACACGGAGUUGCAGGCGAACAACCGAAUUUCAAGGAUAAAGAUAGAAUUGUUGGUGUUGCUCCACAAUAUCUUUAUUUGUACAAAUCAGAGACGAAAUACAAAAAGUUUUCAUGGUUUGAUAUCAAAUACAUCAAGGUCUACAACAACAAGGUGAUGAAAUUGAAUUACAUGCCGAAAGACAAACAAAACGAAGACAGAAUUGUUUAUAUAACAAGUCAAGUUCCUUCUGCUUUACAAACAUUUGAUAACUUCAGAGAAGAAUUCUUAGUAACUUUGAAAGAAAGAAAUAGAAUGAGAAAGGAAUAUUUAAAGUUGAUUCCUCUCCAAGAAGCACAAAGAAUACAAGGAACAUUCGUUGAAGCUGAUGGAAGAAAGGUUGGUCCGCAAGUUGAUAUGUAUGUUGGAACAAAUCCUGGUGUUGGAACUAACUUAGAUAAAACAUGGUUCGAAAUAACAAUGACUUAUCAAGAAGUUUACGAAAAGUGCCUUGAAAUUUUGACAAUUGAUCCAACAAAAAAGUAUUCAUUGUUGUUGUAUAUUAAUAGAGAAUCAUAUGUAUUUGAUGAACACAAUACAUUAGGUGAUUAUUCACCAGUUCGCGAGAGUUUCAUUUUCAUGGUUCCUCAACAGCAAAAAAUUACUUUUGUUUAUGAAGAUAAGAAACAGAAAAUCAUGACAAUGAUGCUCAGUGACAUGAAGACUCUUUGUUAUUUCAUUUGCGGAUGUUUCUCUAUAAUUGAUCCAGAAAACUUCUUCUUGUGGAUACCAAAUGACAGACAACGUCAAACAUUGGAUCCGAAUUUGAUUUUGAGCCAACAAACAUCAGGAAGAAUCGAAAUCCAUGCUGCAAGAUGCAAAUUCACCAUCCCUCCUGAUGGCAUGAAAUCUCUUUCUUACUUGAUGUCAUUGUACAGAUCAAUGAAGGACAUCGUCAUCACUUCUCCUUGUAUCAUUGUUGCCAUGCAAACAUUCACUGAUUUAACUGCUUUGAGUUUAGUUAUUGAAGACAUAAACAUAUCUAAAUUCGAAGAUUUAGGACCAUUCACGCCUAAAAACUAUCAGAUGAAGAAGACAGAAUUAAGAGAUGUAAGAAGUUUCGCACAUGUUUGCAAAGACAGACCGAAGCCAGAAUUGAUAUUGAUGUACAGAAAAUUGUGCAUGGACAUUCCAACAUUUUCAGCUGAAUUUGAUUUAAUCAACAUCGAAACUGAAGAUGGUUUUGUCGAAAGUUAUUGUGUCAUUCGAACAAUGAAACUCUUCAUUGUUUCAACGAAACCAACACUCCAAAUCACAUUCGAAAUUGAUAUCAGUUCAAUUGUUUCAACACCAAUUAUUAGACCAGAAAUAAGACACAACAGAAUGUCUUAUUUAUCAAUUAAUUAUGUUGAUACAAAUGGAGAACCGAAAUCAAUUUUGAUUCAAGGAUACGAUGCCAAGAAGAUCAUGAACAUUAUUGAUGCAAAGAAACAAGAACUCAAGAAGAAAACUAAGCUUUGGCUCGAACAAGAUCCAAAGAAUCCUCCAACAGUUGAAUUACAAACGAAGUAUUUCAUUGAAGGCGCAAGAAACUUAACUAAAACAGUUCAAGUUAAAUUACCUUUAACAAUAAAGAAAGCUGAAAUAAUUUCAAGAAUUGUUGAUGAAUGGAAAGCCAAUCCAAACACAAAAUACGAUGCACUUAUCUCUAUUGCUAUUAACAAAUACGAGAUAAUCAAUGAAUCACAGCAAUUGGCUUAUCAAAUCAUCAAUAAAAACGCUGAUAUUGUUGUAAUCCAAAAAUUCAUGGAUUGUAAAUUCACUGAUGAAUACAAUACAACGAAUAUCAUGACUUUGGAUAUAACAAAAAGAGUUGCAGACAUAAUUCCUACAGUAGCAAAUGCGUUUGGCAUCGAAUACUUCGUAGGAUUCAUGAUUUAUUCCAAUGGAUCAAUGCUGGAUCCUCAUCUUCCUUUAAUUCAACAAACAUUUGAUAUCGACAACCUCCAGUUCUUAAUGAAAAUUUUCCCGCCAUUUACAAAAUUUGACAGCAGUUUGGCACAUUCUGCCAAAGAGAUUUUUGAUAAUUACAAGCGUGUUUUACUCAACACGAAAUCAAUAAAUCUUCCUGAAGACAAACUCAUCAAAAUGGCUUUGUAUCAAUGGAAUGUCGAAGUCAAAAACAAUUUGGAAUAUGAUAAAAGACCAAGGAAAUUCGAACCUUUCUUACCAAUAGGAAACAAACCAGAUCCAAGGAAUUUGAUCAGUCUUUGCCAAGCAGUCAAAAAGAACAAAUACAUUGGACCAAUUGUAGCUGCAAACAACUACAUCAAUACAUGCAUCCAAGAACUAAACACUGGACAACACAGAUUCAAAAUGCAUGUUUUUGAACAACAAUCAAGUUCCGAAGUUAUGGUUUAUAUCAGUCCAAACGGUGUCUUGAUCAAACGAACAAAGACAAUUGUGAUGAAUUUCAAGUUCAAAGACAUCAGGAAAUGUUUGCUUUGCAGAAACAUUUUGUUCAUUGGCGUCAUGGAUGUAACAAAUAGGUUGUAUUCGGAUAUAACAUUGAAAUCUGAUAAAGCACAAACUGUUUAUGACAUUUUAUCAGUUUAUCUCAAAUACGUGUUGCCAAUUGUUGAACAAAGAGAAUAUUAUCAAGCGAAACAAUCAGAGUAUUUGAACAAAGAGUUUUCAAGUAACGCAAUUACAGCUUAUUUAUGCAAGAAAUUGGAAAAUCCUUAUUUGAUAAACCUGAAAAUCGAACCAGAUUCAAUUGCAGGUGAUUUGAUUGAAGUAGCAGCGAAUUUCUUAGAAAUUGGUAAUUUCAAGAAAUACAUGUUGUUUGCAAAAGCUCCUGAAGAAACACAAGUUUUGCCUGUUGACGCGAAAUUGAAGAUCCAAAUGACACAAGUCCAAAAUGAUUCGAUUUUAUUGUUAUUACCACGAGAAAGAGAAAUUUUGAUUCAUUGUCCUGUUUAUUCCGUCCGACCAUUUAAUGUUGAUAUACUUCAGAAUGUAUCAGAUGUUUGUUUCUACAUUAUGAAAGAGUUUAAUCUUGGUUUCGCUGAUGGCCACACAUUGAGAAUCAGAAAAGGAACGAAUUUCCUCAGUUUGGAUCCAAUGAAACAGAUUUACAACGAUUCUUUGUUCAUGAACGAUUAUUACUUGAUAAGACGUAAUUAUUACUUCUCAACAAUCACGUUUACAGAUAUUUUGACAUUGAAGAAUUUGCACAUUGAGCUCAAAACUCUUGCAGAAACAAACCAAAUUUAUAUUCCUGAAGAAAAGAGAAUUGAAAUUUUGGCAAUCACAGAUUACAUCACUAAGAAAGAAACUGAUCCAGAUUUCAAGAAUUACUUCAAGACGAACAUAAAAGAAAGACAAUUCACUCCUGAACAAGCUUUAGAGUUCAAGAAUGAUUUGUCAACAUUAAAAGCAAGAGGUGACAUUUCCAAAGCAAUCAUGAAACAUCUUUCCAUUUGUUGUGAGAUUCCUGGAUUCGGUACAGAGACUUAUUCAUGUUCUGUUGAUCAAACACAAGGAUACACAAUCUUUUCACCAUAUGAAAUCAUUGUUUAUUCACUUAAAAACGAAGAAAGAUUGUUGACACUCAAAACAAUUGAUCUUCAAGAAGUAACAAUUAAAGAUGAUCAACUAACACUCAAAUAUACUAAAACAGAAAAUUCAUCACUCAAGGAAUUCACAUUCAAUGUUGUUCAAUCAUUAGAAGCCUAUAGGUUCUUGAAGAACAUUAUUCAAGUAAAUCAAACUUCAUCGAUGUUUACAUCCAUUGAAAGUUUGCAAGAAUAUUUGUUGGAUAGUAUUGAUCCGAAUAAACCAAAGCCAAUAGAAAGGGAAGAAGAAGCAUCGAGCUCUUCAUUGCACUAUUCAUUAACUCCUACAACAGAGUUCAUGCCUGAUGUUGAAACAUCUGAAGAUGAACCACAAGAAGUCUAUGUUCCUGACAUGGUGAAAUUUGAAGAUAUUUCAACGACACAAUUCACUGAAAUCUCGUUAGACAUUGAUGAAGACACCAAGAAAGAAGUUGAACCAAAAGAAAUCGACUCUGAUCAAUGGUGGAGACUCAAUCCAGCAUCAUUAAACAUUUCAGGAAUGUUAGGUGGAUUCAGAAUGAUUUCGAAAUUUGUUAGUGUUUAUGUUGCUAACAGUAAUAUCUUGGAUUCACAGUUCAAGUCAUUCAUUGAGCAAACAUUCCUUGAUAUAUUAAUGAUUGAUAAAAGAGGAGAUGAUGAUUAUGCAACGAAAUACAAUGAAUUAAUCAAAAAUGUAAUUCAAAUCGAUUUUGUUCAAAAUGAAUUCAAAUCUAGUGAAAAAUGUGAAGAAUUGGAAAUCAUUUUCGACUCGAAGAUCAACUCAAUAAUGACAACAGAGAACAAUAAACCAAGCACUCUUCACGAUACAAAUGCAGAACUUGUCUACAAAGUUCUCAAUUUUGUCGAUAAAAUUGAGAAGUUUACAUUAUUCUUCUAUUAUCAAUUUUAUGACAUUGUAAUUACAGGCAGCAAUCCGAAUGGUAUUGUCCAUGGAUUACACAACGUCAACAACAUAUUGAUGGAAGGUUGCCAGCAGUUUUUGAGCAAUGGUGAAAUGAAUAUGAUUUCUCAAGCAGUUUUUGAAGCAAAUAAUUUAAUGAUGGCAGCAAAUUCAUUUUUAGAAGAAAUCAAAUCAGAGAUCAACAUCAUGGAACAGAGGAAAUUACUUGAAAGAAUGGGAAGAAACAUAUUCGAAAUCAAUACUUUGAUACAACACAUCAAUUCCAUAACAAUCGAAAAGAAUAUGUUUGAUAAUUUAAUGGCUGCAAGAGCAACGGUUUCUUCAAUUUUGACAACUUUACAAAACAGCACUGUUUCUUUGAGUUCCGAUGCUUUGGUAUUCACGAACUGUUUGAUCUUUGUCAUUAAGCAUAAUUUAGAUAAAGUCCAUAUUGAUGACGAUUUCACUGAAGCAGACAGGGAAAUUUAUUUGUCAAUGUUCUUGAAAAUCCGGAAAUAUAUUAAAUUCGGAAUUACCAAUUUCUAUGAAGAAGAAAAUGACAAUUUAACAUAUGAUUUAAUGACAUUAGAAAGUCAUUUGAUCAAUAUGUCCAUCGCAAACAUUUCUCCAAUGAACAUAAAUAACUUAAUCAUUCGAUUAAAUGAAUUAAGUUCAUUUAUGAUCACAAUAACAAAUAUUUGUCCACAACUUAAAAGCGACAAACAAUUUGAUCCAAUCAUGAACAUUAUUUACAGUUACAUGAAUGACUUGAGUCAAAGUGUUGCCAUAUUAGAAGACUUCAUCUUCGAUUCACAAACAAUUCUUUUAAUUCAAAACAUGGCAAAACAAAUUUCUUUGAACAUGUCAGAUAUUAUUUUGAUGUUACAAAGUUAUAAUUUGCCACAAGGAAUUACUUAUCAUGUGUAUUUGCUGACGGAAAACAUACAACAGAACUUGCAGAAGUUAUGUUGCUCCGAAGAGUUCUUCUACGAUGAAAACGAAUUCCCACAAGUCAGAGAGUUUUUGUUGUUGAAACAUUAUUUGUUUGAAUUGUUGCAAAAUUUGAAUUACGAAAUCACAGUGUCAAAUUUGCAAAAUCUGAUAGAUAUUUAUAAUGUUAUGAAGAACUACCAUGCACAAUCAUUCUACAUAAGGAACACAUUGAUCUCCAACUUUUAUAAUGUAGAUCCUCUUAAUAAUUUCAUGAAUGACAUCAAGAAUGUUUUGAUAAACUUGAACAAAGAAAUUUCUCAUGUAAAUGUUAAAGAAGUAAUGAAGGAAAACAUAAGACAGAUGCUAUUAGCCAUUGAAAGGUUCUUUAACAUGAAUCUAAGAUUCAAACCUCGUCAAUUGAGGAAUCCGCCUGUUCCUGAACAAAUCAAUCGUGCUGUUUCCAAUUUGGAUUCGAUUAAUUCCAAAUUGAAAGAAGACAUGAGUUCCAGUGAUAUAUCAACAAUGUUGAUUAACAUUUCUACAUUGGAUAGUGAAAUAUCAUUCUUCAAUGAUAUGAAAUCACAAUUAUCUGACCAAUUAAACCAUCCUUCCCUUAAUUUCUACCACAUGAUUGACAAAAUCAUCAGUAGAAUUGAAUCCAUUCCUGCAAAGAUUAUUUCUACAACUUAUAGAGCAUCUCAUGAACAGUUCUUCUCGCAGAUCAAACAUGAAUUCCAAGGAAUUGUUUUGAUGUGCAAGUCAUCAAAUGAAUCAACGAAAACAUUCAUUAAAUCUUUCAUUGAUUCUCUUCCGAAAAUCACGAAAAUACCAAACCUGGAAGAAAUCAAGAAGAUGAAAGAUGUUUUGCAGUUGAUGCUGAAUGAAAAGGAAUUAAGUUAUCCAAUGAUGAGUUUACAAAGAUCUUAUUUACAAGGAAUCAAGAAUCUUCUUGAAAAAUCAGCAGAAAAAAAAGAGAAUUUCUCAAUUAUCACAGAUAUUCAAGAUGGAAUACACUUGAUUAACAGCAUUGUUACAUCAAUUGAUCAUAUCCCUUCAAUCAGAGACUAUUUGUAUGAAUACUGCAACCCAGUAACAUUAGAAUCAGUCACUUCCAAAUCAUUUGACAUCAUUUUGUCACAGAUACAAAGUUUGCCAUUAAUCAUUGAAAACAUCACUUCUACUGGCAACAUUUUGUUCUAUCCAUACAUGAGUUCUUUGAUACAAGAGAUAACAAAGAAAGUCAAUAAGUUCAAGCAAGAAUUGACGAAGAAUAACUUGAGAGCAUUUAUUGACAACUUUAAUUCCAUUGUUGAAAAUCUUGAUAAUCUGGAACUUUAUUUCUGUUUACACAAGAAUCCAAAUAUCUCUAAUUUCUUAUACGUAUUAAUAAUGAACUUACAAUUGUACCUCAAGUACCAGGAGCAGCCACACAUUGAUUCCCUUAAUUUAUGUAAUUUCCAUGAUGAUAUCAAACAUUUAUAUGAUUUGGUCAACGAAAUUGGCGAAGAAGAAGAUAAGAACAUGUUCUUAAAGGAUUUACGUUCAUUGUUACAAGAAAAUGAUCCACAAAUUGCUCAAAACAACUCAAUUUCUUUCGCAAAGUUCGCAUUAGAAAAAGUGGCAGACAAAAGUUUGUCAAUUUUGACACAUAAACUUGCUUAUCAUAUGAUAAAUAAAUUACAACUUUACGUGGCAGAUUUCUCAUGUGAUAUUAUUCCUAAAUUCAUUUUACAAGAUGAAGUUUAUAUCAGUGAAACAAUCAACAUCUUGUUAUUGGAAGAUUGCAACUACGAAAGAGUUUUAGAAGUCAUUGACGAGAACAAAAACAUUUGGCCAAUUUCAAUUUGUGAUGAUUUAUAUUUACUUGGUGGUUAUAUCGAUGAAAGUAUUCCUUCUAUAAUCAGAAAUGGCAUAAUUCUUAGAGCUCUUGCAAUGUUAUCUCCUUCACAAGAUAUCAUUACAAACUUAAGAAUUUUAAUCAAUAAAUUCAUAAGAAUUUGUUUGAAACUGAUGCCAUUCAGAACUGAAUUAUAUUUGGAUUUGUUGGAUAAUUUCAUUUCAUUCGAAACUUCAAAUUAUAUCUUUGGAAUUAUUGUGGAAGCAAACUGCAAGAUUUCUUAUAAUCCAAUACCAAACUACGACCAAUCUAACAUAAUCUUUGGAUUGUACCAAAUCAUCGCUUGUUACACUGAUGUUUUCUAUUGCAUGAUGAUGAAAUUUGUCAAUUUCAUUGAAAAUUAUAAAGAAAAAGUGCCAAGAUUGAAAGAAUUCAUUCAAAAAGUAACAAAUCCAUUGUUAUUUGGUCUGAAGGUGAUAGAAGUUCACCCAGAAGAAUUAUUCAAAUUGAGCAAUUUCUUGAAUGAAUACAUACUUAAUUUCCAUGACAAUUUGUUAUCAUUUACAACAGAAUUCGAAAGAAGUCAAAUAACAACAAUUUUGGAAGAUUUGAAAUUGUGUCAAUGCUUUGUUGAUCAUGUUUCCCAAGUCAUGAACAACACAAAGAUUUAUCCAAUUGUUAUGACUGUUUUGUCUCCUUUGACAGUUAUUGCAAACAAAUUAAAUGACAAUAAUUGUAAAGUUGUCAAAUUAAUUAUUAAGUCCAUGUUGAACUUUGUGAAUUACGAAAUCGAAAACAACAAUAACAAAGGAUUUGUUAAGAUAAUGAGAGAGAUAAACAACGAAUUCGCUAAAUUAACUCCAGGAAACACUUCGCAAUUCAUCAAAUCCAUUGAAAAGAUUGUUAAUCUCUCAAGUAAAGAGAAAGUUGAACUCCAGGAAUAUUUGGAAACAUGUUCAAUCAACUUCAAACAGAAAGAUACAGAAAACAAAUUCGGAAACUUGAUUGCAACAAUCAAGAACUUGAAACCAUACGAGAACUUGAAUGUUCCUAAAGAUUUCCCUGUUCCUGAAAGACUAUUUAAGUCAAUCAGAGCUAUCAAAACUUACGAAGAUAAUGAUACAAUUGAUACAACAGUUAUUUCUUCUAUCGUCAUGAAACGGUUUUUGAAAUACGGUCAAAAUAUUUUGUAUAGUUUACAAUCGGUUAUGUGUCAAUUUAUAUUAGCACAGAUAAGACCGGAAUCAUUCAUUUCCAAUGUUGACAUGGUUCAGUUCCAGCAGAUACAAGAGAACAAGUCAGUUAAAACAUAUGUUUCGAUGAUGGACAAAGUGAACAAUUUACAAAACAUUCAAGAAUUCAAUUCUUUGAUCAAAUCAUUGACAAGAGAAGAAGCUAUUUACUUGCACUUGAUAUUAAGACAACAGGCGACGAUGGAACAUAAUAUUGUAUUCGAUAUCAAUGAUCAGAUCGAUGAAUUGACAAAGAAAUGUCCUCAAAAAUAUUCUCUUAAAGAAUUUGUAAAUCACAACAAAAAAGUGACAAAUUAUUCCAAGUUGUUGCUGGAAUUCUUGACAAAUACUAAUGAAAUAAUCUGUCUGAUUGCUAUGUAUUACUUCUUACAGUCCAAUUUUGCUACUAUCAAGAAAUCCGAGCCAAUCGAUUCUUUGAUUGCAGAAAAAAUUGACAUUUCGAACACAAUUUUGGGAAUUUUCCAUUUGAUGCCUUUCCCAACUAUUUUUGUUUCUUCCAUCAUAUCAUUGGAUGAGCAGACUGUUCCUAAAGUUCUUUCAUUCAUCACUAAAUCAUUAGUUUUGAUUGGAACUAAAGGAAACAACGACAAACAAGUGAAAGAUGUUUUCCAAAAAGUAAUUUACAAAGAACAACUUGAUGAAAACUUGACAAACGACCAUUUGAAGAAUAUCAUUAAUUUGAUCAACUCAAACUUCACUACGUAUUCUGUUCUUCAAGAGUUAUUGUCAAUGGCAGCAAUGAUUCUUCAAAAUCAACAAUUUACAAACGCUAGACCUGACAACACUCAAAUUCCAUAUGGAAUUCCAAUUCUCCAAGAAGCAUUGAAGACAAAAGAAUACUCCAAAGUAUUGUUCCAGCCUCCUAAAGUCAAACAAUCCCUUUUGUUCGCGAUCUACAACAUGUUUGAUACCAUUUACAGCAACCAGAUACAAACAACAUUUAAUUUAGGUUUUGUUUGUCCAAAUCCAACAGAAUUCACAGACAAAUUCAGAUCAAUGAGGAACUACAAUGUUCUACAGAAGACUCUGAAGAAGUUCACUACACAGUUCACUGAAUAUGCUGUUGUAUCAAGAGAUUGCACCAGAAUCAACAAAUUCAUUCCAGAACUGAUGAAAGCGAAACAAGUUUGCAUCAAAGCAACUCCAUUUGGCGAAAUUGAUAAGAGACAAGCUUACGAUGAAGACUUUGAGAUCUCCAAUCAAAAUGAGCAAGUAUUAAAUGGAUAUUUGAAGUACUUGUAUGCAGGAAUGUUUUCAGAAGAUUUCAUCAAAGAGUUUUGCAAAUACCAGCAAUUUUUCAUCAGAAUUAUUUUGUCAUUCAUGGAUGGAAGAGAAACAACAUUCAAAUCCAGUGAUGACGUAAUGAGUUUGAUGAAGUUAAUCAAAGGACAAAAGAUUCAGAACCAAACUAAAAAAACAAUCAGAAAAUUCAUGUUGGAAAGACUCAAUAAAUACACACAAGGAGAUACAUUAGUUAUUAGAAACCCGUUGCCGAUCGAUCAAAUGAAAGUUUUCAUGAAAAUCCAAGCAAAUUCAUUUGAUACAACUCCUGAAGAUUUUUAUCCAGAACAAGUUUUGUUAGAGCAUCUUUGCAAUCUAUCAAUGGACAUCCAGCCAACACAAGCUUCUAGUUAUGAACAGUACUUGAAUGUCUUGAAAUCAACACAAACAGAAAUGAUGCAAGAAGCGGAAAUUACUGAUUUCCCAUUGGAUCAAAAAGGUAUCGAAAAUGAACUGAAAAUUAUUGAAGAUAAUAAAAGAAUUGUCAUGUUGAAAGAAGAACUAUUCUUAGUUUAUCCGGAAGUUUCUCAAAGACGACAUCAAACAGAUAUGGUCAAUCUUUCAUUCCUCGAUAUCUUCAUCGCUGUAGAAAACCUGUUCAUGAUAAUGACAAGUCAAACAGAAGCACAAACAGCAACUUUCAUUUCCAAAUUGUCUAAUUACGAAAGUUCCAUAAUUUUCAUGAUUUUGAAGUUGAUUUUCAAUUAUCCACUUCAAAAGACUAAUUCUAUUCUCAAGAAAACGAUCAAAGUUGAUGGUUUCGAACACACUUUAUGUUCAUUGAUGACUAAGACAGAUGAAAUCAUCCAAAUCAUGGAAAGAUUUUCAAAAGAUGUUGAAGAAAUUGCUCCAUUGUCAUUAUGUGUUCCUCAAACAACUAAACCUGCUUUAGUUGAAAAGAUCUCUUCCGAUAUUAUCCUUGUAAUAGAAGAGAUAAUUCAAUCAAGAGGUCCUGCUUCUUUAGAUCUUCUUUACAAAUUAUGCAUCAAAACUUCCCAAAUUUUGCCAUUAUUUGUUGAUGACGACAGAUUCAACAUCCAGCAGCUUGUUGACAGCAUCAGAGAGGUUGCACAGUAUUCUAUCAAUACUCCACACUUGAGUGAGAACAAGAUGAACAAACAGUUCAAAUCAGCCAUUGCUUCUCUUUACAUAAAUUUAGUUGUUUUCUGCACAAAUGUCAACAGAACUAAAUAUUACGAAAUGUUCAUCAAAUCAAUUGACACAUAUUCCCUUGAGUUGUUGUUCAUCUCUUUGAACCACAUACAGAAUGAUAUCCAUGACAGCAUGAUAUUACCUUUGAUUUCAAAGAUAAACGACAAAUUCAUUUAUAAUUUGAAAUUAACUGAAGAUGAUUUCAGCGAAUUUUCCGUUCUCACUAAACAAAUUCGCCGGUUGUUAUCAAACCAAAUUGUCAAUGUUUUCGAGUUUUAUCCAAAUCCACAGAAUUUCGCAGAUCCAUUUUUGGAUUUCGAUCCAAGCGAUGCGGAUUCUUUGAUGAGAGUUUGCGCAGUUUCUUUGAAACUUUGUUCAUCGAAUGUUCCUUCAAUCGCAACAUUAAAGGACACAAUACAAUUAGUUGCUGUUCUUUUGUUCUCGAAAGGAUCAGAUUUUGCUGAUUUCUCCAUGAAAAUUGUUAAUACCAUCAAAAACAAUUUGGAACAAUUCUUCACUCCAAUGGGAUUAUUCAAUGAAACAGCUGAAUUAAAACUACUGAAGAGUGUUUCAAACACAAUGUUGUUCUGUUUGCUUUCAUUGGCAAACGAUAACUCAACCUCGGAAUCAGUUCUUAAACGAGAAAGAAUUUCACAAGCUCUUGGAAAUUACGAUGAAUCAUUCAAAGUUUGUGCAAAUGCUUUGGAUAACGACAGUUCACAGUUGUUUAAGAACUCAAUUGCAAACAUGAAGAGAUGUUAUUCGAUCAACAAAAACACUGAAAAUGUUUGGAUUAAUUUGCUAUCAAUUUAUGAAAAAAUUAUUUCAAACAAGACAUUUUCUUUCAUUGAAAACGUGAAAGAUGUGAAGCCAAACAUCAAAGAUAUUGCUUCUAUUCAGCAGAAUCUUCAAGAUAUGAUCGAAUCCGUGAUUUCUAUUCUUAAUUCAACGAAUGAACAGCUUUACAACGCGUUCAAACAAAUUGAUGAGUAUAUCGUGAAUUACUCAUCAAUUUUGUACCAAUCCAGUUUGUUUAUCUUGAAUAUGAGCUCGAGAAUAAGAUUAUUGGCAUUAAUUACUUCAAUUAUUUCCCAAUAUGAAUCAAUUCUACUCAGAAUUGGCUCGAAAUCGAAGAUAACAAUCAAUGAAUUCCUUCCUUUGUCUGAUACAAUAUUGAACGCUUUAAUGAUUGUUCAAAACGACAAAGAGAAUGCAGAGAUUGACGAAGAAGUCAAGAAAGUUUUGAUCAGGUUGCACUUUGAAGAAAAAGAAUGUUUCACCGAUGAAGACGUCAAAACAUUCAUGUUGAUCGACAUUUUAAGAGAAAUCGAAGAAGAUAUUCUCAAACAGAAGUUGGCACCAGAAGAAGUCAACAAAAUACUUGAUCAAUACGACAAUUAUUCCUUCAAAUAUCAAAAGAUAAAUACAUUGGUCGAUCUUCUCAAAUCAAAAGGAAUUCAUGACCAGGAUCAGAGAUUGAAAGAAACAAAGUUCGUCAAACACUUCUUACAAGGAACUCCAACGUCUGUAAGAUUGAUUUAUGAGAAAUUGGUUUUCCAGUUAUUAUAA